GAUCAUAGUUAACGUUUGGGAAUAAAUAUAUGUAUUGAAAAAAAAAAAUCUUAAAAAAAGUCAAGAAGAAGAAUUCGAGAAGAAGUAUUGAAAACAAAAUGGAGGCCACCAAUCAAAAUUGACUGUUAACUAACAAAGCCUCAAAAUCAACGACCAAACCAUCUAAAACUACUUCUUCUAUUCUACUACAUCAAAUCUCCCAUCUUCCCCAAUUUUCCAGCCUACAAAUCCAGAAAACUAAUCUCAUCUCAUACAGAAAUGGGGUUCUUCUCCUUCGCCUUUGCUGGCGUUGGAUUAAUAUUCAUUGGUGCAUGGGAAGCUUUCACCUUUCUUUCCUCAAACCCAAAUCAAAUCUCACUUCCAUCUUCACCUCUUACCUCGAUUCAAACCCCCUCACCAUCUUCCAAAUCAAAUUCCCAGAUAAAAACUCCAUCUUUUUCUUCCUCCUCCUUAUCGUUCAUCUCCAUCUCCAUAGUCUCUUUCCUCUUUAUUAUAAAUUCCUUGGUUUCCUUAUAUGACGCGAUUGAGUUACGCGACCGAGUUGGAACGGCUCUUCAAUUACAGGUUCUAGCAAUUGCUUCUCUCUUCUUGCUCUACGGCAUCAUGGGUCUUAUGGUAAAUUUCUCUUCUUCGCUCGUCAGUUUAAUCGGUCUUUUCGCUUUCGUCGAAGAAUUUCUAUUGUUUUACCUCCAAAGAAAAGACCCAAGUGGAAUUGAAAAUCGUUACUUUGAUCUUUUGUUAGUUCCUAUAACCGUAUGUCUAUUCUCCACAGUUCUUGAUUUGAAAUCACCCAAAUCGAUUUUUUCCAAAUUCGCUCGUGGGAUUGGGUUAAUUUUACAGGGAAUGUGGUUUUUACAAAUGGGUUUUUCGUUUUACACCAAUUUAAUCACUCAUGGUUGUACAUUGCACGAAAAGAGCAGAGGAAAUUACACGAUCAAGUGUAAGGGACACCCUGAUUAUCACAGAGCUAGGGCUAUUGCUACACUUCAAUUCAAUUGUCACCUUGCUCUUGUAGUGAUCAUAGUUUCGAUUUUUUACUCAAUUGUGUCUCGGAGAAAUGGUAGUGCUGAUUUUAUGCAGUAUAAGCCACUCGUUGCUGAAAUGGCUACAUUUGAGAAUCAGAGCCAGUUCACUUUGGACUCUGAUGAAGAAGAAGAAGAAGAGGACAAAGUGGCUAACCAAAAGGCAGCUGAAGUUGUGGAAUUUGGUGUUAAUGGUCAUGUAUCACAUCAGUGAGUAUACAAAUUCAAAAUUUUAUUCAACAUUAUUAGAUUUUGAUACUGCUAAAUUUGUUUUUCCUUUUCAAUUUUGUAUAAAUGAUCUUGAUUUGGGACCUUCAAUCUAUGCAAUGCACAUGUUGAGUCAUACUUUUGUUUCUUGUACUUAAAAAGUGUGGAAGUCCACACUCUCAUAAUGAAUAUUAGUUUAGUAUUGAA